UUUAAAGGUUCUUUACCUUUGACCUUUCGUCCACGAGGUUGUCCAGCUGCAAGCCAGAACUUGGCGUUUUUGUCCGACCAAACAACACUGAAACCGUGACAAGAAGCAAACAGCAGAAAUGGCGAAGACGGUACAAAAGAAGAAGAAAGUGCAGAAUCGAAUUAAGAAGUCCAAUUCGAGCACAAAUCCUGACCGAGUGUCUGGAUCUGCACCUGGAGGUAAAAACAUGCGAGACAAAACCACCAUCAAGCGGCUGCUCAUGUACAGAGGGGGCAAGCCAAAGAGGAACCGGGAGGGAAAGAUAGUUCGUCCAGCUGUGUUCCAGGGGAACCUACCAUCUGGUUCUAUGGCCAGGGUGGAACCAAACAGGAGAUGGUUUGGAAAUACAAGAGUAGUUACCCAGAAUGCUCUACAGACGUUCCAGGAAGAGAUGGGUAAAGUCGUGAAGGACCCGUACCAAGUGGUGAUGAGGCAGAGUAAACUCCCUCUGUCACUGCUACAUGACAGGGCUAAGACUGCUCGUGUUCACCUCCUUGACACAGAGAGUUUUGAAACAACCUUUGGUAAGAAAGCUCAGAGGAAGAAACCAAGUUUGAAGGUGGCAGAUUACCAGGGACUUAUGAAUGUUGUUCAGGAGUCCACAGACAAGUAUGACGAGGAGAAAGACAAGGACUUGGAGAUGGAAGAUGAAGGAAUCAGGGAUGAGGCAAGAGAACCCAUCUUCAGCAAGGGCACAUCCAGAAGAAUAUGGGGAGAGCUUUACAAGGUGAUAGACUCCUCCGAUGUGGUGAUACAAGUCCUGGAUGCCCGUAAUCCCAUGGGGACUCGCUCCAAACACAUCGAGGACUUCAUGACUAAAGAGAAGAGCUACAAGCAUCUCAUCUUUGUGCUCAACAAAUGUGAUCUUGUCCCCACCUGGGUUACACAAAGAUGGGUGUCCAUUCUGUCAGCAGAGUUCCCAACCCUGGCCAUGCAUGCAAGUGUUACCAACCCAUUUGGUAAGGGGGCACUUAUCCAGCUACUCAGGCAGUUCGGAAAGCUGCAUCAAGACAAGAAACAGAUAAGUGUUGGUCUGAUUGGCUACCCAAAUGUGGGGAAGAGUUCCAUCAUCAACACACUGCGUGGGAAGAAGGUGUGCAAUGUGGCACCCAUAGCUGGGGAGACCAAGGUGUGGCAGUACAUCACCCUGAUGAAGCGUAUCUAUCUGAUUGACUGCCCAGGAGUGGUGUACCCAUCUGAGACUGAGACAGAGACAGAGUUGGUGCUCAAGGGAGUGGUCAGGGUGGAAAACGUGAAAUUACCAGAAUACCACAUCCCUGCAGUGUUAGAGAGAGUCAAGGAGGAGUACUUGACCAAGACUUACAAGCUGCCUGCCUGGGAUGGAGCUACAGACUUCUUGGAGAACAUGGCGAAAAGAACAGGGAAACUCCUAAAGGGUGGUGAGCCUGAUGUAAGUACUGUCGCCAAGAUGGUGCUGAAUGACUUCCAGCGGGGCCGCCUGCCAUACUUUGUAAAACCACCAGGGGCUGAUUUGGACAUACAGAAACCAUCCAAGGCGACGGAAAGCUCGAGCCAACCACUCAUCAAGUUUGUUCCUGCUGCUGGGGAGACUGAGGACAGCACCUGUGUGACCACAUCAGAACCUGAAACCUCCACAGAAACAGAGCAGGAAGCUGUGCCCACCUCUCCACAGGGAGAAACAGGGAGCCUGACCAACAAGGAGAAACGGUUACAGAUGAAGAUAGCCAGGCAAGAGAAGCUGGAGAGGAGGCAGCCUAGGGUAGCCCAGGACUUGAGUAAGAUCAUAGUGGGGCUGGACUUCUCAGGUGAUGAUGUACAACCGCUGGGGCCGCAGUCUCCUGGCGUGGUCAGCACCAUGUCCGGCUACAGCGCAGAUCAGAGUUACGUGUCGGAAGAUGAUCUCGGGAGAGAUGAUGGGGAUGAAGAAGAAGAAGAAGAAGAUCUGCAGCCAGGGGAGGAAGAUAUCCAAUCAGAUGCUAGCAGUGAAAGUGAUGAUACAGGAGUCAGUAAUGAAGAGGAAAAUACAAACAGGGAAGAGGUACAGAAGAAUGAAAGGUCCUCACAGCUAGCAGAUAGUGAAAAAGUAAAAGCAGCAGAAAAAGAGAUGGGAGAAAAAGCAGUAGAGCGAGAUGAGUUUGAGGCAACAGCUGAGGGUAGUGAGCCAAUAGAUCCUUGCAAGAGGCAAAAGAACAAACCAUUGAGUACCACUAGCUCUCAGGCAAAGAAAGGAAAGGUUAAAGACAGGGAGAGCCUGGACAGUCAGUAUGUAUUGAAAAAUCCCGUAAGUAAAAAGGUUAGAAAGGCCAUGAAGAGAAAGCUCACACAGAUGUCAACAUCAGGAAAAUGGGUAGCCUCUACAGUCUCUGAGGCCAGUGCCUCCACCCCUGUAGCAUCUACCAGCAGCUGGAAUGUACAGUCUACACCUGGUCCUGUGGAAAGUGGCAGCAUGAAAAGUGAUAAAGUUGUUUCUUCUCCAACUGGGAAAAUGCCUUCAUCUGAGACAGAGCUUCUGCAGGCGUCAGAUGAUUAUGCUGUGAAGGUGAACCCUCAUGUUUUGUGUGUGGAGGCCACCCCUUCCCCGAGCAAGAAGUCCAAGAUGACAGAGAACUUGGGAGAUCUGGAGCAUGAGCAAAGUGAGAAGAAGAAAAAGUUAACAGCAAAGCAGAGACGGAGUCUGGAGCGAGCUCAGAAGACAAAGAAAGUUGGAGCCCACUACUACCAAGAGGUUAAUGUAAAGAACAAAAAUAGAAACAAAAAGAGGGACAUCAAUGUCAAGAAGGGCAGAAAGUGAGAUUGAGACAUUUACUUUGUCAGAAAAGGCUAAAUGUGUUUUACUUCUAUAUUCUGUCCUACAUGAUUGUAUGAUAACUCAUGACAUUACUUUAGGAGAAAUAUAGGAGAAAUGCAACUUGCAGUGAUACAUUUUGUUUUAAUCAUGCAGAGUAUCAAGAUUGAUGAUACAAAAGCUGAACAUGAAAUUAGUUCUAACGGCUUCCAUAUUUUGUACUCAAUCAAUGCUAUAAUACAGUCAAACCUGUCUUAAAUCUAAUGGACUGACAAAACGGGAAUCGCAAUGGCCAGGUUGUCGUUAUGCAAAGGUUUGACUGUAUUAGAUGUAUUAAUUUCCAUCUUUGACUAUUGAGCAGUAAUGGAUGCAUGCACAUGUAC